GCGGGUUGGGCGGGCGGGGGGGGUCCUCUCAGGGGCUCUCGCUCGGCGCGGCGCGGAUCGCUGCGGGCUCCGCGCGGCCAUGGAGGCGGACGGGAGCCAGGCUACCUCGGGGAGCCCCGGCGAGGCGCAGCACGACCCCGGCAAGAUGUUCAUCGGCGGCCUCAGCUGGCAAACCUCACCAGACAGCCUUAGAGACUAUUUUAGCAAAUUCGGAGAAAUUAGAGAGUGUAUGGUCAUGCGGGACCCCACCACCAAGCGCUCCAGAGGCUUCGGGUUCGUUACGUUCGCGGAUCCGGCGAGUGUAGACAAAGUCCUGGCUCAGCCCCACCACGAGCUGGACUCCAAGACGAUUGACCCUAAAGUUGCAUUUCCCCGACGAGCACAGCCUAAGAUGGUCACAAGAACAAAGAAAAUAUUUGUAGGUGGAUUAUCGGCUAAUACAGUAGUGGAAGACGUAAAGCAAUACUUCGAACAGUUUGGCAAGGUAGAGGACGCCAUGCUUAUGUUUGACAAGACGACCAACAGGCAUAGAGGAUUUGGCUUCGUAACUUUUGAAAAUGAAGACGUGGUGGAAAAAGUGUGUGAAAUUCAUUUCCACGAAAUCAAUAAUAAAAUGGUAGAAUGUAAGAAAGCACAACCUAAAGAAGUGAUGUUUCCACCAGGGACGAGAGGAAGGGCACGUGGAUUACCGUAUACCAUGGACGCUUUUAUGCUAGGGAUGGGAAUGUUGGGUUACCCAAAUUUUGUUGCAACAUAUGGCCGAGGAUAUCCUGGAUUUGCCCCAAGUUACAGCUAUCAGUUCCCAGGUUUUCCGGCAGCGGCUUAUGGACCAGUAGCAGCGGCAGCCGUGGCGGCAGCAAGAGGAUCAGGUAGGGGGGCCCGUGGAAGAGCAAACCCUCAGAGUGCAGGGUCAGUCUUGAAUAGCUACAGUGCUCAACCGAAUUUUGGCGCACCCGCUUCCCCGGCAGGCUCCAACCCAGCCCGACCCGGAGGCUUCCCCGGGGCCAACAGCCCAGGGCCCGUCGCGGACCUCUACGGCACGGCCAGCCAGGACUCCGGCGUGGGUAACUACAUAAGCGCCGCCAGCCCGCAGCCGGGCUCCGGCUUCGGCCACGGGAUCGCCGGACCUUUGAUUGCAACGGCUUUUACAAAUGGAUACCAUUGAAACGUUACACAUGGUUGGUUGCCAUCUCACUUGGAGAGUCUCUCUGGAUGUCCGGGCAAGACGGGGCGAAGUUUCUGAACGGGCCCGUGUUUGGGUGAUCUCAUCAGACUUUGAGCACUACAUCAUCACCGAUAACGCAAACAAACUGGAGGUGGCACUCGACGGACUUAGGUUGUUUAAAAUCUCUCUCAUCAUCUCAUGAAUCUGCUGUACUAUAAAAACAACAGCUUUUAAAAGUAUGUAUAUAAAAUCCAUUUCUUGUUCGUUUUAUUUUCUUGAUGGGUUCCCCCCCCCUCUUUUUAAACCUCUCCAAACCACAUUUUUUCGUAGCAUUUUGACAUAGUCUCGUAGCCACGUAGUUCUAAUUCUUUGUGUAUCUAGCAAGAGCCUAACCAUAGUGUAACUGUUUAUAUUAAGGGGUUUCUUUCGUUUUUCUUUCCCCCUUCCCCUCCUUCUCCCUUCUGUUUUACGUAGUCGUUGUUGCUUAAAGGAUGCUGAGAUGGUGACAGGAGUCUCAGCCGCUGGUACCGGCUCUGCAGCCGCCGAGGGUGGCGGGGGGAGCAGAGCCGGCAGCGGGUACGGUUUCGGGGUGGCCUUGCAGGGCGCGGGGGACGCGGGUGAGCAGCAGGUUCUCUAGCCCUUCUUUUCGUUUGUGGCAUCUUCGUUAACCUAUUUUCGGCAAUAAGGCAAGGACUACAAACUUUUUGUGCGUCCUUUUUCUAUAAGUGCUUUUUUUUGUUGAAAGAGGUGAUAUAAGGUUUUUUGAAAUUGUGAAUUCUGAAAAAAAAAAAUACUGUAAAUACAAUUCCAUUAACUACAUAUAAACUAUUAAGAAAGAGAAAUACAAACCUAUUUUUGUGAUGGAGUCAGCCUAAGGCAGUUUCUCUAUGAAAAUGGAAGAAAAAAAAAAAGACAGUUUUAGACUUUUUGACCAACUGCCGGAGCUGGCCCGCGGGAGUUAGGUGAUGCACACACUGUUCAGCUUGCUCCGUAGGCGUGGUAGACCUCCCAGCUCUCCUAGCGUCAUACCAGCAUCUUCGCUAUCAGACGUGCACAGCUUACAAAGGAACAGUCUAGUGGUAUUUUUUUAAUUUAAAACCUGCUUUUCCCAAGACUGAAAAAGAAGCUACGAUUUUCCUAUUUAACGCAUUUACGGUUCAAAGCACACCUUUAUUUUUUUUUUUUAGUUGUUGUUUUAAACUAGAUCAACUUGCUGUCCAGUCAUUUCAGCUGCUCUGGGCACCCUGCACAGCCCGGGCGGAGGCGAAGUCCCUCCUCCGCGCUCGCCUGCUGCAGGCAGGGCGGCUUUGAAGCUUGCAUGGUUACCGUUUUUAUCCAUUAUUUUCUGUAUUAACAAAUUAGGAAAGCAACUUUGGUUUUUGGUUUGGUUUUUUUUUUUUUUUUUUUUUUGGGAAUACCUCAGUGCUACAAGUUUCACCCUAGAAGCAACGGAAGAUUUUAAUUUAUUGUAGUUGUAAACAGAAUUUAAAAAAAAAAUAAAGUAUAAAACAUCAUUGCACUGUGACUGGUAGGGGAAAAACUGACAGUUUCCUAUUUGCACAUGUUUAAUAUUUGGCUGUUAUAUAUAUGGUCCUCUGUUGGGGGAGGAAACUUAUGAAGGAUAUUUUUUAAUUUAAUUUUUUUAAUAUUGGUAAAUAGGCCUGCAACAGCAAACUAGAAGUACAACAUGGUAGGUGGCAUUAAGAACAUACUGUAGUGUGGAUAUAUUUCUUCUUUUUUUAACGUAAUAUUGACAAGUUUUAUUAAUAUUUUUUUAAAUUGUUACGUUUAUAAAUUUGGUACUUUAGGUACAGCCAGUAUAAGACACUGAAUGCGACAUUUGUUAAAAAGAGCUGCUGCACUCCUAUUUUUGUAAAUUUUACUAACAAGUAGACAAAUGUAGACAUUCAAUAGACGAGGUAGAGCAAGGCAUCUUUAACAAAAACAAGGCACCAUACUGCUAACCGAAAGGAGAAACCUUGUUUUUCUUGUUUUUAAAAAAGAAUCAUGCUUUUUAUGUAAUAUUUUAGGUUUUUUUCUUAUUUCAGAACAACCAGGUUUAAGCAAAAUGCUGGACGCUUUUUAAAUAUUGAGACUUGAUCAAGUAAUAAAAUAAAGAAAACAAUUCUUUAAAAAAUAAAAACGAAAAAAAACAACAAACCAAAUUCCCUGAAAUUCAAUGUACCAUCAGGGAAUUUUUUAUUGAUAUUUUGUCAAUGUUGAUGAUGUACUGUACUACCAGUUGGUUUUCCUCUCCAUUCCCUGUCACCUCAUAGAAUAUUCUUUGUUGAUCAUUGUUGUAUGUUAAUAGUGUAUAAAAUGGCUAUCUUGUAAGAGUGCUGUCCUGAUGCUAGUGUAGUGAAUUCCCCCCCUUUCUCUCUUCCUCUUCUAGUACAUAUUGGUAGGUGUAUCGUAAUUAAGGUUAAAAAUUUAGAUGUAGUUAUUCAGAUUUAGGACCAGUAAGGAUAGAACUUUCUCUUAUUUAAGGAAAAAAUGCUAAUAAUUUUGGGAAGGCUUUCCUUUUUUUUUUUUGUUCUUCUUUCCUCUUUUCUUUGGGUUUUUUUCUCUUGUUUAUUUUUUCUUUUGCUGAUCUGAUGCGGUUUCAACUAACCAAAGGUCUCACAAUGUUAAAAAUGCUGGCAAACUCCUAAGGCAUUUGUAGAUCCCCACCCUUGACUUUGAAAAGGGGAUGUGCCAUACUACCUUAAAUGCUAAUGCUAGAUAUGCAAAACUGGAUUUUUUUAAUUUAUUUUUUAAAAGAGGGAGGCACGGUAUAUUAAAACGAUUUUACUAAGAGAAAAAAAAUAUUUUUUUAAGAAUGCUCAGAAGAAAUUGCUAAUCUGUGUGAAUAUGUUUUAGAUGUUUAUAUACCUUUUGAGAAGUCCCAGUGGCCCAUAGCACAAAUGUCGUGGAAUCCGAUAUGUUUUGAUGUGGCUACCUAGACUAAGGUUCACGUUAGUCCCCCACUCAUCUAGAAGUCCAUUUUGAAGGGUUUUUUCUUUUCCUUUGUUUGUUUGGGAUUUUUUUGGUAAAUUUUUCAGCACAAAGGUUCAGCUCCACCUUUGUUUUAGUCAAGCACAGCGAGCGAAGGAUCGUUCCGAGGGAUAUUGCCCUUUUCUUUCCAAAUAUCUCAUACGGACCUGCUGCCCCCGGAGUGACCGAAAAGAGAGAGAUUUCCAUCUAGCUGUGCGAAAUGGGCACCCGAAGCCCCCCCCCAGCGCGGGCAGGGUCACCCCCUGCCCGGAGCGCCUGGCCCCGCGCCGGCCGUGCCGAGGGGCGGGCUGCAUCCCAAACACGAGGGACGUUUUGAGAGGAGUUGUAGCAAGCCACGAGAGCUCGGGUACCCUCCCCCCUUCAAAAUAAAAAAGUCGUUUGUGAUUGGCUUGAUUAAAAUGAAGCCUGAUCUGUCCUUUUUUUAUUAUUAUUAUUUUUUGUUUGUUUGUUUCUUAUACUUCAUAAAUGUUCAUUUUAAGUUGAAUUUGUAGCUUGGACUUUAAGGUAGCAUGGCUCUCUUUGCUGUAAGUUUAUUUUUUUUCCCAUUGUACAGCAGCGUACCGCUGGUGAAUGUUACACAUCUUGCUAGGCUAGUUAAACCAUUGGGUAAUUGUUGGUAAUAACGACCUGAAAGGUGUUCGGAUUUCUUUUCUUCCCUGCUCUGAAGCCUAGGAUGCUGUUUUCAUCUGUAGUGUGAAUGAGGGCUAGCGACUCCAGCCACAGUUACCUUCCUGUUUCGUUUCUGCCAUUCACUCAAUGCAACGUAAUCAAUAAUAAAGCAAUAUAGUUUACUACAUUUUUACUGAAGGCCAGCCAUGGUUAUGUAUGAUAUUGCAUAUGAAACUGUUUACAAAAAAAAAAAAAAAAAACCAACACUAACUCAUAGCUGUCUUUUAUGCUAUGGAAAUGUCUCUUGGGUGGAAUUUUCUGAAUUAUUAUUUUAGUGGUUUGGUUUGUUUUUUUAAGCAAAAUAGUUCAAACAGAAAACUGAAGUUAGUGUAAGGCGAAGAGACAGGAUGCAUCGAAGACACACCGGCAGAUCCCGGUCUGCGCACAGACACUGUAGAGUUUCAUACGUACAGAAUCCAAGUCAAACCCGUUGCCGUGUGCGAACACUACGUGAGGAGAUUCUGUAAGCUAAGCAAUACUUUAAUACUGUAAUAAAAAUUACCAAAAAAAAAAAAAAAAA